AUGGACUUAGUCGCAAUAACUGAUGCCGUAGGUAAAAUGUUGGAUCCUCUAACACCCAACAAUAUUCGUGCCAAAUGCAUUCAGCUGACUGAGGAUUAUAAAGAACACGAUUUUUGUAUUAAUCAUCUUCAAAGUUUUUGUGACGAAAACCAGAGUGCACCGGCUGUGAUAUUUGGAUUGCGAUGUCUUGAACAUCGAGUGAAACGUUCUUGGGCUGAACUAGCUGCUUCCGAAAAACUAGCAAUUAAGGAAAUGGUUUGCAUUUGUGUCUCGAACCUUCACAAACUGAACAGCUAUAACGCCGAGGGCAAUGCGAUUAGUCUUGUACUUACGCAGAUUCUGGUCCAUAUAAUCAAGUGUGAAUGGCCGCAGCAGUGGCCGUCAAUGAUUGAGGAGUUCAGCUCUUUGGGUCACUCAGGCGAAGCUUAUUUUGAACCCGAGGCAGUUCGCAUGAUUCGUGCAGCCCUUCAGUUUCUGAGCGGGUUUUUCGAAUGGGCUCCUAUUGUUUCUUUCAUGGAUUGGAAACCACCCAAAGACUUCCCAUUUACGAUGCAGACUGUGCCUAGCGUCUACUUGAUGCUAAGUCUACUUCGAGUUAACGCAUUUAAAGUUGAAGUCGCCGACCUACUUUCAGUUCUUAUUGUUAAAAAACGUUCACUUUUCACUGGUGCGAAGGACGUCGAAACCACAUCUGUUUACUCGGCCUUCAUCGCCUUUUCGGAAGACCCGGCCUCAGAUCCGGUGACAUUCUUACAUGACACAACAAGAAUUACUUAUUCCAUCGAACAAUAUACACAAGAAUCAGGUGUUUUUUUGCAACGCUGGACUGAGUUCCUUGUCUUUCUCGGUGUCCAAGUUGUCGAGAAUUGGUCUGAGAUUUUAGCCAAACAACCGAAUGCACAAUCUCGUGUCCAAGGCACUUUUGAGCUUCUGUUCCAUGCCGUCCUUCUGACUGCUUCCCAUCCUACUCGUAUUGCCUCUGCGCAAGCGUCGAAAUUUUUCAAGAGCGUCUUGGAGUCUUCGAGCCCUUCUCUGCUUGAGUGUAUCUCAAAGUACAUGCCUCAGCUACUCGAGUUGUGGUCGGAACAUUGCAUAUUGGUACGUCUGUCAGUUUCAAGACAAUCCCUCUUAUACAUCUGUCAAGGAAAAAAAACUUGUUGA